GAAAACGGGCGGACCUCUGAUGACGAGUUUGAGUUUCGUUUCCGUUUAACAGUCUCGAUGAUUCACACAACACUGACGUAGUGCAGAUUUCACAGCAGGUGAACGUUUUUGGGUUCAGUUCAUGAUGGCGAAGGAAACUCUUCUGAAGAUCCUGUGUGGGAAUAACGGAGCGAUGGAGUACGAGCGCGUUCUCGAUCUGUCGUACGGACUGCCGGAGUUAUCAGACCUGGAUCAGGUCAUCAAGGGUGACAUCUUCACUGUGAUCCAGCACAACGACAGCAAAGAGAUCAUCGUGAAAGCUGACGUGAAACUGUGUAACAACAACGAGUGUGACGGGGACGUGUGUGGGGAUCUGCACUUGUGUAAAUAUGAACUCAUGAUGGGACACUGUAGCAGGCGAGUGUGUGUUUUUGGCCACGAGUUGAUGUCUAAACACAACAUCAGAGUCCUCAGAGAUCAUCAGAUUUCUGCUCUGAGUAAAGAGGAACUGUGCGUGAUGUUACUGCAGAGUGACUCCAACCUCUUGCCUCCUGUGUGCGUGUUGUACAACAGAAGCGGUGGGCCGUACGGUAGGUGUCCGGAGAAAGAGCAGUGCAGGAGACUGCACAUGUGCGAGAGUUUCAUCACAGGACGCUGUACUGUCACAGACUGCGGCAGGUCACAUGAUUUCCACAGGCCCGAUACGCUCAGGAUUCUGAGACAAAGAGGAGUGUCUGAUGAUCUGAUGUCUUCUCUUCCCUUCAUCUACCGCAACAUUCUCAUGCUGAAGAGACACGGGAACAUCAGACCGAAGUCUGAUCUCACCGGCACCAAGAAACAUAUCCGGCAGAGAAGAAGAAACACAGAAAGUGACAUCUGCCUCUCAUUUGUCAAAGGCUUCUGUAAGCUACGAGAAUGCAACAGAAUUCAUUUUAAAAUGCCGUAUAAGUGGGAGGUGAAGGUGGGCGACACCUGGGCUGCAUUACCAAACAAUCAACAGCUUGAGAGAGAAUACUGUGAGCCGUCUAACAUCAACAGUUCAGGAACGGAGCCUGUUUGUUUUGAGGACAUGACUCUGGGUCUGGAUGAGGUCCGGCGUCUCUCCACAGAACCCUCAGUUCUCUUUCCCAGUUUCAUCCUCACCACCACCUGGAUCUGGUAUUGGAGAGACCAGUACGAUCACUGGGUCCAGUACUCAUCACUGAAGGAAAUGCACAGACUGUGUACGGUGUGCAGUGAUGACCUGGAGAAGAGAUAUCAGCAGUUUUUACAACAGCAGAACCCUUCCCUUAAGGAUGAUGUUGUGAGGUUCAGAGCAGGAAAACACUUCUAUCAGCUGAACUUUAAAGAUAUGAUCCAAAGAAAUGAAGAAAGUGGAACAGAGAGACCCGUGAGACGACGGCCCGUGUUUGUCUCCUCAGGAGACGUCCACAUCUCCAGGACAAGGAAAAACAUUUCGGCCAGACCUCAUGUUUUGAAAUGUGUUCCUGGAUUUUGGGACCAAAGUGCGAUUCCUGACUGUGGAUUUCAGAGAGUUCGUCUCCAUCCGUCUGACAGAGAUUACGGCAGAGUUCAGGAUCUCUUCUGUCAGACUAUGAGCUCUUUCACCAUCAGACAGAUUGAGCGUGUACAAAACAGAGAACUCUGGGGAAUCUUCAACACCAAAAAAGAAGACAUAAAGAAAACUAACCAAGAGAGAUUUGGUGAGCGGCUUCUAUUCCAUGAUGCCAAAUCCUCUCUCCUCGAUGUUGUUUGCAGUCAAAACUUUGACAUUGAGAUGUCUGAGACCUCAGCGUAUGGCAAAGGGAUUUAUUUCUCAAAGGAGGCACAGUCCUGCCAUAGAAACACGGAUGUAUGUGGAGUGAGGAUGAUGUUCGUGUGCAGGGUGUUGCUUGGACACUACACCACAGGAACCUUUCAUUACCGUUCCCCUCCGCCCAAAAUCUCUACAGGAGGUCAUUACCACAGCUGUGUAGACAAUCUUCGUGACCCGUCAGUCUUUGUGUUGUUUGACAGGUCACAGAUUUACCCAGAGUUCCUCAUUACUUACGAGCAGAAUGAAAUGUUUGAAAUGUCUCUGAUGGCGGGUGUCGCUCAUUUAAAUGUAAAGAAUGUUAGAGAAAUUCCCGAAAGCUCAGACGUCGGGACAAACCCAAGCAGUGGAAUAAAGUCAUCACCUCCUUUUGCUUCUGCUCCUGGGUCAGAACAAACCUCAGGAUCCUCUAGUUCCUCCAGUGAAACGCAUUCACUCUCUGCUCUCUCGGGUUCAACAAUAAAAACAAAUCUAAUUCUCUCCGCUAUAGAUUCUGUCUCAAAUGUCCCAAAAAGUGAUCUCGAUUCACUUAUGAUGAUGUUGACUGAUGAAAUCCCCCUGCUUACACCACUGCAGCCUGCUGUCCAACUGCAUGCUGGGAGAUUGUCAAAUGAUCCAGAGCACCAGAACAUCCCAGUCGAGUCUGUUAAGCGUUCUUCAUCUGAAAACAUCCCAAAAGUCCCUGAGAUGCACAGCGGUUCUGUGACCUCUUCAUCUUCUGGAACAAUUCAAGACAUUUCAGAGAUUCGCAGCGGUUCUGCGAUUCGUUCUUCACCUGGAACAAUUCCAGACGUAUCUGAGAUUCGCAGCGGUUCUGCGUUUGGUUCUUCACCUGGAACAAUUCAACACGUUUCUGAGAUUCACAGAAGUUCUGUGACCUCUUCAUCACCUGGAAAAAUUCAAGACAUUUUUGACAUUCGCAGCGAUUCUGCGAUUCAUUCUUCUUCGGGAACAAUUCAAGACGUUUUUGAGAUUUGCAGCGGUUCUGCGAUUCGUUCUUCACCUGCAACAAUUCAACACGUUUCUGCGAUUCGCAGCGGUUCUGCGAUUCUUUCUUCAUCUGGACACAUCCAUGAUGUUCCUGAGGUAGGCAGUGGUUCUGUGUCUCUCAGUCAGUUGAGAAGUGAUUCGAGGGAUUCACUAUCCAAAGUGGUCCAGUACUCAAAUCAUGCUGUGAAAUUGCCAUCUCCUCCAGUUGCAGCGAACAGAUCCUCAGUGUCUGACGGUGGUGGUGUCUCUUCUGCUCAGAGUUUAUCUCGCUCUAGUGGAUCUGUGUUGAACUCUUCAGCGCUUUCCUCUCGACAGACUGUCGGCUUACAUUAUAGCAGAGAAAACCCUUCAUCAAUAAGACAUGAGAGUGCAGAGAGAACCCAACGCGAUACCACCACCAAGACCACCACCAGGACCACUACAGAGGAGAAAAAAUGCACUGUCAUGUGAUUUCAUCUGUCAUUGGAAACCUUUUUUAACAAUGUAUUUAGGUUAAGUUUCAUCAAUGUACAUAUUGCAAUAUUAUGAUGUAUAAUAAAACCAUGUAUUCUGUCUUUAUUGUUAAUUAUGAGAAAAAAUGAAUAAUGUAUUGUUUUGGGGGUUUGUAAAGGGGGCUAUGACUAAAUAAACUGUUGUUAAACCUUUGCAAUACACUGGGUCAUUAACACCCAUAAAUCAACGAGAAUGACAGAAAUGUCUGCAGUUUACUCUCACAAUGCAUAAAAAUACACGAUAGUGUAGCCUUAAAAGCGUCAUUUUAGCGCAGUUUCUGUUGUCGCUGUUUGAGGAUGUUUCUUCUUCUGUGGAUCCUCUAUUAAAGCUCACAUUGUCUUUUAUUAUCAAACAAUGUUCCUCACAUCUGUCGCUUUGUUUUAAAAAACAUUUCAUGUGUUGUGCAUCAUUUAAGUCUCACACGCAGACCGUGUUUACACGGUCCUCGCGUGUUUACUAACUUGUGUCAUUGUUUUUGUCUAUAGGUAUUUGUUUUUUUCUGUUUGUCACUUGUGUGUUAUCUGUGUGAAAUAAAAUGUGAAUAAUCUUU